AUGCCGUCCGCGGCGCGUAUAUCAUCCCAAGGCCUCCUCAACAGAUUCCACUCGCAGCGCGUGACAGCCUUGCGCAAGUUUUUCCCCGCUGGCGCUGCUGCGGCUACAAGCGGGGCCGCCACGGUUACAGCCAGCGGAAAAGCUGGCGUAGCGGCGAAACCACUGGCGACGCCCGGCGCGACGGCGGGCACGUGUGAGGCAUCGACUCUCACGGGGUUCACGAGCUCAGUGGACCUGUCAGGCAGCGGGCUCAUCCUUCACUGGAAAACGACAACGGGGUCCACCAUCGACCUGGCGCUCGAGGCCAAGUCAACCAGCGGCGCGGCGAGCGGCUGGUUUGCAGUGGCGUGGACCACCGGCGGCAUGUUCAACUCCGACGCCGUCAUUGGGAACCUCGUGACGCCCGCCAGCGGCGUGGACACGUACGCGAUCUCGAGCUACUCGGGCCCGGUUACCACCACGCGCUUUGCCAUCAGCGGCGCGAGCGUGGCUUCGGAAGGCGGAAGCACGAUCGUGAGUUUCACGCGGGAGACGGGAGACGGGUUUGUGGCAGUGAACGUGGCGGGGAGCAACAAGCUCGCGUGGGCUCACUCGUCCAGCGGCUCGCAGACAGUUGCCAACCAUGGCGGCUCGAACAGAGGAACCACUACCGUUGAUUUCUCUUGCGACGGCACAGCUGGCUCCGGAUCAGGCUCGGGAUCAAGCUCGGGAUCAGGCUCAGGAUCAGGCUCGGGCAGUGGAGCAGGCACGUGCACGGACAACACAGGCGUGAGCGGCACGGUAUGCCCUGCGUCCACCCUCUGCGGCUACUCCUACCAGGCGCAGAUUAAAUUGGGCGUGCUGCUGCAUUGGAAGCCCGCCUCCACCACGCAGCUGGACAUGGCCGUGGAGCUCAAGAGCAGCAGCGGCGCCAGCAAUGGCUGGUUCGCCCUCGGCUGGGCCAACAGUGGACACAUGGCUCCCUCCGAUGCAGUCAUUGGCAACAUGGACGGCCGGGUCGUCAGCCCUUACCACAUCACUGGCCAUGCCAUGUCCUCGUUACAAGGCGCCUCGUUUAGCAUUGGCGGCAGUGCUGGGACCGUGACAUCGGCUUCAGGGUCCACAGUGAUUCAGUUCUCCCGCACGGCCGGCACGGGGUCUAUUCCCGUGAAGAUGAGUGAAGUCAGCCGCCUCAUAUGGGCUCACUCCGACUCCGGCUCCCAGACCCUUGCCUUCCACGGCGACGCCAACCACCGUCCGCGAAGGAGAGUCGCCAUGGCGGAAGCCGCGGGCGGCAAGUACGUGGGGGAAACGCAGGGCACGGCGCGCGCCAACAUGGACACGGUCAUGAAGGGAUGGUUCUCGGAAGUCAGCCCCAUGUGGCCAGGAGAGGCGCAUUCGCUCAAGAUCGAGAAGGUGAUUUUCGAGGGCAAGUCCGACUUCCAAGACGUCGCCAUUUUCCAGUCGGAGACGUACGGCAAGGUGUUGGUGCUGGACGGCGUGAUCCAGCUCACGGAGCGCGACGAGUGCGCGUAUCAGGAGAUGAUCACGCACGUGCCGCUCUGCUCCAUCCCCAACCCCAAGAAGGUGCUGGUGGUGGGCGGCGGCGACGGCGGAGUGUUGAGAGAGGUGUCGCGGCACGUGGGGGUGGAGCAGAUCGACAUCGUUGAAAUCGACGGCAUGGUCAUUGAUGUAUCCAAGGAGCACUUCCCUGCGGUGGCCAUUGGCUACAAGGACCCACGCGUCAACGUCACUGUGGGCGAUGGAGUGGCGUUCCUCAAGGCGGUGCCAGAAGGCACGUACGACGCCAUCAUUGUCGACUCCUCCGAUCCCAUCGGGCCGGCGCAGCAGCUGUUUGAGCGGCCCUUCUUUGAGUCGAUGGCGCGGGCAGUGCGGCCAGGCGGGGUGGUGUGCACGCAGGCGGAGUCGUUGUGGCUGCAUCUGCCCAUCAUCAAGGACAUCGCCCUCGCCUGCCACCACGCCUUCAAGGGCUCCGUUAACUACGCCUGGACCAGCGUCCCCACCUACCCCAGUGGCACCAUCGGCUUCAUGGUGUGCUCGACCCCGGGGCCAGAGGUGAACUUCAAGGUCCCCUGCAACAAGAUUGAGGACCAGCCUGAACGACCUGACAACCUGCCCAAGUUGCCGCCCCUUAAGUACUACAACUCUCAAGUCCAUUCCGCUGCCUUCGUUCUCCCACAAUUCGCCAAGGAGGCUCUUGAGCCCCACCUCACUAAGUAA